GGAGUGAUCCCUAYGAGUGAGCGGCCCCGCGCUGAGGCCGAGGAGGGCGGCGGGCGCUCCGAGCGCCAUCCCAGCGAGGGCUCCGCGCCUGCGCCGCUCCCGCCGCCGUGAGGGGAGUACCGGCGGCAGCCCCGCUUUACCGCCCGCCCCUGCCCCGCGCCCCUGCCCUGGGGAGCUCGCCCCCAGCCAUGGCCCAGAUACUGCCMAUUCGCUUCCAGGAGCACUUCCAGCUCCAAAAUUUGGGUAUUAAUCCAGCAAACAUUGGAUUCAGCACCCUAACAAUGGAAUCUGACAAAUUCAUCUGCAUAAGGGAGAAAGUAGGGGAGCAGGCACAAGUAGUGAUAAUUGACAUGAGCGAUCCAACAACACCCAUCAGACGUCCAAUUUCUGCAGAAAGUGCCAUCAUGAAUCCAGCCUCUAAAGUAAUAGCACUAAAAGCYGGGAAAACACUUCAGAUAUUUAACAUUGAGAUGAAAAGUAAAAUGAAAGCCCACACAAUGGCAGAGGAAGUGAUCUUCUGGAAAUGGAUAUCUGUGAAUACAGUUGCCUUGGUGACAGAGACAGCAGUGUACCACUGGAGCAUGGAGGGAGAAUCRCAACCCCAAAAGAUGUUUGAUAGACAUGCUAGUCUUGCAGGCUGCCAAAUCAUCAAUUACAGAACAGAUGAACACCAAAAAUGGCUGCUGCUGAUAGGAAUUUCAGCACAGCAAAAUCGAGUGGUUGGUGCAAUGCAGCUUUACUCAGUUGAUAGAAAAGUCUCCCAACCUAUAGAAGGCCAUGCAGCAGCUUUUGCAGAAUUCAAAAUAGAGGGAAAUGCCAAACCUUCUACCCUCUUCUGUUUUGCUGUGAGGAGUCCUGCAGGAGGCAAGCUGCACAUCAUCGAAGUAGGUCAGCCAGCUACUGGAAAUCAGCCAUUUGUUAAGAAAGCUGUUGAUGUGUUUUUCCCACCUGAAGCACAAACAGACUUUCCUGUGGCAAUGCAGAUUGGAAUUAAGCAUGGUGUUAUUUAUCUGAUCACUAAGUAUGGCUAUAUCCACAUGUAUGACUUGGAGUCUGGAGUGUGCAUCUACAUGAACCGUAUUAGUGCUGAUACUAUCUUUGUCACAGCUCCUCAUGAACCUACCUCAGGCAUUAUUGGUGUGAACAAAAAAGGACAGGUGCUUUCUGUAUGUGUUGAGGAAGAUAACAUAGUGAACUAUGCUACGAAUGUUCUCCAGAAUCCUGACUUGGGACUGCGAAUGGCUAUACGGAGUAACCUAGCUGGGGCCGAGGAAUUAUUUGCCAGAAAGUUUAACACACUGUUUGCUCAAGGAAACUAUGCAGAUGCUGCUAAAGUAGCUGCAUCUGCACCAAAGGGAAUUUUACGUACCAGUGAUACAAUUAGGAAGUUCCAGAGUGUACCAGCUCAGCCUGGGCAGGCCUCUCCCCUGCUGCAGUACUUUGGAAUAUUGCUUGACCAGGGMCAGCUGAACAAGUUUGAAUCUCUGGAGCUCUGCCGCCCUGUCCUGCAGCAGGGCCGCAAACAGCUUCUGGAGAAGUGGCUGAAGGAAGACAAGCUGGAGUGUUCAGAGGAGCUGGGAGACUUGGUGAAGACGGCUGACCCAACCCUUGCACUCAGCGUCUACCUUCGAGCUAAUGUGCCAAACAAAGUGAUUCAGUGUUUUGCUGAAACUGGUCAGUUCCAGAAAAUAGUGCUGUAUGCYAAGAAGGUUGGCUAUACCCCAGACUGGAUCUUCCUGCUGAGAAGCGUAAUGAGAGUGAGUCCMGAACAAGGCCUGCAGUUCUCUCAGAUGCUGGUACAGGAUGAGGAGCCACUGGCUAACAUUAACCAGAUUGUGGAUGUAUUCAUGGAGCACAGUCUUCUGCAGCAGUGCACAUCCUUUUUGUUGGAUGCCCUGAAAAACAACCGCCCUGCAGAAGGCCACCUUCAGACCCGUCUCCUGGAAAUGAAUUUGAUUCAUGCCCCACAGGUUGCAGAUGCCAUUCUUGGAAACCAAAUGUUUACACACUAUGAUCGUGCUCAUGUUGCCCAGCUGUGUGAAAAGGCAGGCUUGCUCCAGCGAGCUUUGGAACACUACACRGAUCUCUAUGAUAUUAAACGUGCAGUUGUUCAUACUCACCUCUUGAAUCCUGAGUGGCUUGUGAACUUCUUUGGCUCUCUCUCAGUUGAAGACUCUGUGGAGUGUUUGCGUGCCAUGCUGUCAGCCAAUAUUAGGCAAAACCUACAGCUCUGUGUGCAAGUUGCUUCUAAAUACCAUGAACAGCUUGGUACCCAGUCUCUUGUGGAGCUUUUUGAAUCUUUCAAAAGCUAUGAAGGACUGUUCUAUUUCUUGGGUUCCAUUGUAAACUUUAGCCAGGAUCCAGAUGUUCACUUCAAGUACAUCCAGGCAGCUUGCAAGACUGGUCAGAUAAAGGAAGUGGAAAGAAUCUGCCGUGAAAGUAACUGCUAUAACCCAGAACGAGUGAAGAACUUUCUGAAGGAGGCAAAGCUCACAGAUCAGCUUCCUCURAUCAUUGUCUGCGAUCGGUUUGACUUUGUUCAUGACCUGGUGCUUUAUUUAUAUCGCAACAACCUGCAGAAGUAUAUUGAGAUCUAUGUACAGAAGGUGAAUCCUAGCCGUAUACCAGCAGUGGUUGGAGGACUUCUUGAUGUAGAUUGUUCUGAAGAUGUCAUCAAGAACUUGAUCAUGGUGGUGAGAGGRCAGUUCUCAACAGAUGAGCUGGUGGCUGAAGUAGAAAAAAGAAAUCGGCUUAAGUUGCUGUUGCCAUGGCUUGAAUCAAGGAUUCAUGAAGGCUGUGAAGAACCUGCAACUCAYAAUGCUUUGGCCAAAAUCUACAUUGACAGUAAUAAUAAUCCAGAGCGUUUCCUUCGUGAGAAUCCUUACUAUGACAGCCGUGUAGUUGGCAAAUAUUGUGAAAAGAGGGAUCCUCAUUUGGCCUGUGUUGCUUAUGAGAGGGGGCAGUGUGAUCUGGAACUCAUAAAGGUGUGCAAUGAGAACUCCCUGUUUAAGAGCGAGGCUCGUUAUCUGGUGCGCAGGAAGGACCCUGAGCUCUGGGCAAAUGUACUGGAAGAAAACAACCCAUUCAGGCGGCAGCUUAUUGACCAGGUUGUCCAAACAGCUUUAUCAGAGACGCAAGAUCCAGAGGAAGUUUCUGUAACUGUGAAAGCUUUCAUGACUGCUGAUCUGCCAAAUGAACUGAUUGAGUURUUGGAAAAAAUUGUCUUGGACAAUUCUGUAUUCAGUGAACACAGGAAUCUUCAGAAUCUGCUGAUCCUGACUGCCAUUAAGGCUGACCGCACUCGAGUGAUGGAAUACAUCAGUCGGCUGGAUAACUAYGAUGCACCAGAUAUUGCAAACAUUGCUAUUAGUAAUGAGCUAUAUGAAGAAGCCUUUGCUAUAUUCAGAAAAUUCGAUGUCAAUACUUCAGCAAUCCAGGUGCUGAUUGAGCACAUUGGCAACUUAGACCGUGCUUAUGAAUUUGCAGAGAGGUGUAAUGAACCAGCRGUGUGGAGCCAGCUGGCCAGAGCACAGCUCCAGAAGGACUUGGUGAAGGAAGCCAUUGACUCCUACAUAAAGGCAGAUGAUCCAUCUGCCUACAUGGAAGUUGUUCAGGCAGCUAAUAGAAAUGAUAACUGGGAGGAUCUAGUCAAGUUCYUGCAGAUGGCCAGGAAAAAGGCUAGAGAGUCUUAUGUAGAGACAGAACUUAUUUUUGCUUUGGCAAAAACUAAUCGUCUGUCAGAACUGGAGGAGUUUAUUAGUGGCCCUAAUAAUGCCCAUAUACAACAGGUGGGUGAUCGCUGUUAUGAAGAGGGAAUGUAUGAAGCAGCAAAACUUCUCUAUAACAACGUAUCCAACUUUGCUCGCUUGGCAUCUACCUUGGUGCACCUUGGGGAGUAUCAGGCAGCUGUGGACAGUGGCCGCAAAGCCAACAGCACAAGGACUUGGAAGGAGGUCUGCUUUGCCUGUGUGGAUGGAAAAGAAUUCCGCCUGGCACAGAUCUGUGGCUUACACAUAGUCAUCCAUGCUGAUGAGCUUGAGGAGCUGAUCAGUUACUAUCAGGAUCGUGGCUACUUUGAAGAACUGAUUGCCCUUUUGGAAGCUGCAUUGGGUCUAGAGCGUGCUCACAUGGGGAUGUUUACUGAACUUGCCAUUUUAUACUCCAAAUUCAAGCCUCAGAAAAUGAGAGAACAUCUGGAGCUUUUCUGGUCAAGAGUUAAUAUUCCAAAGGUGCUCAGAGCUGCAGAACAGGCUCACCUCUGGGCAGAGCUUGUAUUCCUCUAUGACAAGUACGAGGAGUAUGACAAUGCAAUAAUUACUAUGAUGAAUCAUCCCACUGAUGCCUGGAAAGAAGGCCAGUUUAAAGACAUAAUAGCCAAGGUAAUCUCUCUCAAACAGGGUCUGAGAGCUUCCAUUGAUGCCUAUGACAACUUCGAUAACAUAACGUUGGCUCAGCGUCUGGAAAAGCAUGAACUAAUUGAAUUUAGGCGUAUUGCAGCAUACUUGUACAAGGGUAACAACCGCUGGAAACAGAGUGUGGAGCUGUGCAAGAAAGACCGUCUGUAUAAGGAUGCUAUGCAGUAUGCUGCAGAGUCCAAAGAUGCAGAGCUGGCUGAGAAGCUGCUCCAGUGGUUCUUGGAAGAAGGCAAGCAGGAGUGCUUUGCAGCCUGCCUUUUCACAUGCUAUGACUUGCUGCACCCAGAUGUAGUCCUUGAGUUGGCAUGGAGACAUAACAUCAUGGACUUUGCAAUGCCUUAUUUCAUCCAAGUGAUGAGAGAGUAUCUUACCAAAGUGGAUAAACUUGAUGCUUCUGAAAGCCUAAGAAAAGAAGAGGAACAAGUAACUGAACCCACUCCAAUAGUAUUUGGUAGCCAAAACACCAUGGCUGUCCUCAAGUGUGAUGCUAUUUUAGAAGCCCUUCUGAAGAGGCWUUCUGCUAACAAGCACCUAGAAGUGGCUGGCCAGCAGUUGAUGUUAACAGCAGGCCCCAGUGCAGUACCUCCCCAGGCAAACUUCCCAUACGGAUACACAGCACCAGGAUUCACCCAGCCRCCUGUUUAUGGUUUCAAUAUGUAACUAGCUCUCUGACAGACCUUCACUGUCUCUGUUCUCUUCCUUCCCGUCCCUUUUUAACUUCUCCAAGAAGUGUACAAUGGUCUUAAAGGCACAGAUGACCUUCUGCUGGCUGAAUACACUUGCUGCGCAGCUCAGUGAGGAGACUUCAGCAGGAUGCCUGUUACUGUUAUUUAUUGAUUAUUGUCCGGUUACAUUUCAACCUCUGAAAGGCAGCUUUUGUUAAUGACAUUGUGAGACUCUUGUCUGAAGUUAAGGCACUAUUUCACUAACUCAUAUAGCAAUAACUACUUGAGGCCAGGGGGAAGAGAGCAUAAUUUUCAUUCUUUUGAACAGCCCAUUGAAGGCAGCUGGGAAAUUGCCUGGCACCAAGUUGUUAAAGCUUUAGCUGAAGCUACUGAAGUAGCARGGUUGUUAACAACUCAGUGAAACAUCUCGUUAAUAAAUUGUUGAAAGCUUGUCUACAUCUGACUACCCCAUUUUAUUUGCAUUCUUACAUGCAAAAGAAAAUGGGCUUUUCUAAUAUUUGUGCUCUGAAUGUUUAGAGGAAUAUUGGGAAAGUUUCCUUUUCUGGACAAUAAUGCUGUUGGAGUUCAAUGCUGUUGGGGUUCAAUACUGUUGAAGUUUGUUCUAUAUUUUCUGGAGUAGAUCUGAGACUUGAAGAAAAUAAAUCUUCUCAUGCCAGAGAGCAAACACUUCCCAGAUCCUUUUUGUUUAACAAGAAGAGAGCAUGUUACUUAUUGACGUUAAAUGGUACUAAAACAAACCUCAGCUGUGUGUGGCAAGAGAACAUAGGAGUGUGCAUGGGCUGCCAAAGUACUGGAGAUGCAAGAGCACAGCGUCAGGGUUGGGGAGGRGGACACACUGCUACUGUAUUGAGGCAGUAGGGAGGGCCAUAAUCCUGACUUUUUAUUUGCACCUUUAACUGAUUCUGGCAUUGGCUUCCUGCCACACCAUGUUCUGACCCUGUCUGGUGGGCAGAGUCAGCACCACCUGAGUGAACAGGGUGCACUGACUCAGUUCUGCUAUGCUGCAGUAGGAUUGACAGCGUCUCCAUCACCCACCUCUUCCUUUGAGAAUGCCAACAGGGAUGUAUUAUUACUUUGUGCCACUUCAAAUACAUGUAUCAUUAACGUUUUAUGUACUUAGAUAACAAUGUAUAAUUUAUGGUUAUGAAUCUUGUGCUAAUCUUGAAUAUUAUAAAAGUCCAACUAUAAAUGUAAAACUGCAGUAUCCACCGUGUGGUUCUAGUCUUAAUAUCUUGGGUGUGGGGACUGGCUGGUAGUAAUACACUACCACUCAUAGCAUCAGGUUGCUUAAUCUGACAACUAAGGAUGCCAGGCAGGAAAAGGGAGACUUUGCCAAGGCAUGAUGGAAAGGGAGUUGUGGUCUCUUCACCGGACACAUCGGCACACGCUGUCACGUGGGGAGGGUGUACUGCAGGACAU